AUGACCAACAGGAAGACGGUGGUGCUGGCAGCGCUCCUCGUUCUCGCGGUGGCUCUCGCCGCGGCGCCCUGGCACGCGCACGCCGUGUGCGACAUGAGCAACGACGACUUCAUGUUGUGCCAGCCCGCGGCGGCGGCGACAACGGACCCGGAGCCGGAGCCGUCGCCGGAGUGCUGCGCGACGCUGGGGAAGGCGAACCUCAAGUGCCUCUGCGGCUACAAGAACUCCCCCUGGCUCAACCUCUACAACAUCGACCCCAAGCGAGCCAUGGAGCUGCCGGCCAAAUGCGGCCUCACCACGCCGCCCGACUGCUAG